AUGAGCUUCUUCAUCGUUCAACUCAUGGAUGAUCAUUGUCUGUUGGAUAUCACAACUGAGCCCAUUCCUAUCGUCACUCGACUGAUAGACAGUAGCAGGCGGCUAAACCUUGACAAGAUUGACCAUGAACCAACAUACGGAUACGAUUUGAAAAACAUCGGUUCAAGCCGUACUUCCGGACGGGAAGAUCACAUUAAAAUUCGAAUCUGCGAGCACUUGACGGCAAAAAAACAGGCGGCUCAAAUCCCUGCUGUUCAAGCAGCUUGGACUCAUGAAGGCACAUCGUCAACUGGAUUCUUCGCCUUCUGA